CCACAGCCUGCUUCGUGAGUCCAGCAGCACAAAAACAUCACAGAAAACUGCUCUCAACCAACGGCGCCAGAAGCAGACGACGCACGGAGGAGARCUGAUUCAGACAGGAAGCUGCUUCAUCACCUCCUUCAUAAAUGUAGCCUCAACAGAACAGAAUCCUCUGGCAGCUGGUUUCACUUCAUGUGUUCGCACUCAGAACGGGUCUGAUGGACGGCCCGGAUAGAAACACUGAUGAAUAUGAGCAGCAGGGAGAAGGAGAGGAGAGCCAAUCAGAAGCCUGCACUCCUGUCCUGCCUCCAAACAUCAGCAAGAAGAAAAAGAGAACCAGAAGGAGAUUGACCAUCAACCUCACCUGCUGCAAAUAUGAAAGCGUGCGGCGAGCUGCUCGUAUGUACGGCCUCAGCGAGGUGAUGGAGGACGAGGACUGGACGCUGUUUUGGACCGACUGCUCCGUGUCUCUGGACCGCGUCAGGGACAUGAAGCGUUACCAGAAAAUAAACCAUUUCCCUGGAAUGAGCGAAAUCUGCCGUAAAGAUUUCCUGGCGAGAAACUUGAACCGAAUGCUGAAACUUUUUCCUAAAGACUACAAAAUCUUCCCCAGAACGUGGUGCCUUCCUGCAGAUUACAAUGACUUCCAAGCGUUUASCAGAGCCAAAAAACGCAAAACCUACAUCUGUAAACCAGACAUGGGUUGCCAAGGAAAAGGCAUCUUCAUCACCAAAUCCAGUAAAGACAUCCAACAUGGAGAAGACAUGAUCUGCCAAGUUUACAUCUCCAAGCCUUUUAUUAUCAACGGAUACAAGUUYGACCUGCGGAUCUACGUGUUGGUGACGUCCUGUGACCCGUUCAGCAUCUUCAUGUUCAGGGAGGGCCUGGCUCGCUUCUGCACCACAAAGUACACUGAGCCGACACACAGCAACAUGGACAACAUGUGCAUGCAUCUGACCAACUACUCCAUCAACAAGAACAGUGAGAACUUCGUCCGUGACGAGGACGUUGGCAGCAAACGGAAACUGUCCAGCCUCAACAAGCUCCUGGAGUCCAUCGGCUGCAACACAGAGAAGUUGUGGAGCGACAUCGAGGACAUCAUCUUGAAGACUCUGAUAUCUGCCCACCCCAUCCUCAAACACAACUACCACACCUGUUUUCCCAACGACACCGCCGGCAGCGCCUGCUUCGAGAUCCUCGGCUUYGACGUGCUGCUGGACCACCAGCUCAAACCCUGGGUGCUGGAGGUGAAUCAUUCCCCGAGUUUUACCACUGACUCUCAGCUGGACCGAGAGGUGAAGGACGCGCUGCUCUACGACACGCUGGCCCUCAUCAACCUGGACGCCUGUGACCGUCGCAGGAUCACCAAGGAGGAGAGGCGGCGGGUGAAGGACAGGCUGCAGCAGAACCGCUCCAGAGAGGCCAGGUCAGAGGAGCUGCGACUGUGCCAGGCUGCCACGGCGCACCAGAUGGAGAAGUACGAGGCCAAACACCUGGGAGGUUUUAAAAAGAUCUACCCCAGAGAGGACAGCGAGAAAUACGACAAGUAUUUCAAACACAGCAGCAGAUCUCUGUUCCAGGACACGGCGGCGUCCAAAGCCAGAGAGGAGUAUGCCAGGCAGCAGCUGCAGAAGCUGCGUCUGAAGCAGGAGCAGAGCGAGCUGAGAGGAAACAAGAGGAAAGACCUGCAGGGAGAAACAGCCGGCGAGAAAGUCAAACCGAGACCAGCGCCUGCAGCACGGACGACCUUUGACCCGCAGCCUGGGAAUCUGUGCGGCGUAGAUCAGCCGCCUCCGUUUGGACUCUCUGUGGACUCAGAGGCCGCAGGAGAGGAGGAAGUGAGCGACUCGGAGGAGCAAGAACGGGUGGAUCUGCUGCUCCAGAGGAGGAAACUGCUGGAGGACCAGGGGGUGGUGGACCAGAUCCAGCGGCUGCUGCCAACGUGUCAGACAAAGAGGUGGGGACGAGGGGUCCUGCAGGACGGCGUGGAGACCUGCAGGACUCAGCUGAGACCCCAAGUCUAUCAGAGACAAGAGCUGCUGAAGUCAAAUCCUUGGAUGUGGUUUUCUCAGCAGCAGCUGCAGCUCUGUCCACAGCUCUACUCACACAUGACUCAGCAGAAUUCCCUCAGGCCCGGAGUGGACCGGAGCAGCCAGAACAGUUCCGACCGCCUGCAGUCAGAGAGUCAGAACAGAACCAGCAACCAGCAGGUCCAGUGUGGAGGUGAGGACGUUAGACAGUACAGCAAGACCAGCUCCUGCGUGGUCACAAAGUCCCAGGUCAGGAUCCCCGUCAUAAACAUCAUCCAUACAGGGGGUCAGCGGAACACGUCCCACGACCCUGCAGACCUGCAGAGCCUGUUCUUGGUCUCCAGACGCGCCCCCAUCCUUAACAGGCCUGGAUUCUCUCAUGGCGUCCGCAACUCCUCCCGCAGAGACCCCCAACACGGAAAAGGACUCUGAGGAGCCGGACCGCCGACCCCUGAGGUCCACUAACAGGAUCCAGACAUGAAGAUCUCAGGAUUAUUGAGACACCUGAGAGUUGGACCUGGAGCUUUAUUUACCUGAAAAUAUAGUAAAAACAUGAAACCUGUGUGUGACCGGCCUUUCAAUGCUUUGUUUAACUGAAGAACACUUUGUGGGAAUUUACAUGCAGUGCCAAAAUAAAAGCUGGCUCAUCUGUU